AUGGUACAAACAUUAUUGGACACAGUCAACAGCAGAAAGGACAAGAAGGGUGCCAUUUGGGACGCAACCAGAGUUGAGUACAGAGAGACCACCCCAGCUACGGUCCCUCCUAAGCAGACCACCCCAGCUACGGUCCCUCCUAAGCAGACCACCCCAGCUACGGUCCCUCCCAAGCAGACCACCCCAGCUACGGUCCCUCCUAAGCAGACCACCCCAGCUACGGUCCCUCCCAAGCAGACCACCCCAGCUACGGUCCCUCCUAAGCAGACCACCCCAGCUACGGUCCCUCCCCAGCAGACCACCCCAGCUACGGUCCCUCCUAAGCAGACCACCCCAGCUACGGUCCCUCCUAAGCAGACCACCCCAGCUACGGUCCCUCCUAAGCAGACUACACCAGCUACGGUCCCUCCCAAGCAGACCACCCCAGCUACGGUCCCUCCUAAGCAGACCACACCAGCUACGGUCCCUCCCCAGCAGACCACCCCAGCUACGGUCCCUCCUGAGCAGACCACCCCAGCUACGGUCCCUCCCCAGCAGACCACCCCAGCUACCGUCCCUCCCCAGCAGACCACACCAGCUAACGUCCCUCCUAAGCAGACCACCCAAAAUACGCAGACCACCCCAGCUGCUGUCCCUCCCAAGCAGACCACCCCAGCUACGGUCCCUCCCCAGCAGACCACCCCAGCUACCGUCCCUCCUAAGCAGACCACCCCAGGUUUUGUCCCUCCUAAGCAGACCACCCCAGCUGCGGUCCCUCCCCAGCAGACCACCCCAGCUACGGUCCCUCCUAAGCAGACCACCAAAGCUACGGUCCCUCCCCGACAGACCACCCCAGCUACGGUCCCUCCUAACCAGACCACACCAGCUACGGUCCCUAACCAGCAUACCACCCCAGGUACGGUCCCUCCUAAGCAGACCACACCAGCUACGGUCCCUACCCAGCAGACCACUCCAGGUACGGUCCCUCCUAAGCAGACCACACCAGCUAAGGUCCCUCCCCAGCAGACCACCCCAGCUACGGUCCCUAUCCAGCAGACCACCCCAGCUACGGUCCCUCCUAAGCAGACCACACCAGCUACGAUCCCUCACCUGCAGACCACCCCAGGUACGGUCCCUAUCCAGCAGACCACCCCAUGUACGGUCCCUCCUAAGCAUACCACCCCAGGUACGGUUCCUCCCCAGGAGCCCACCCCAGCUACGGUCCCUCCUAAGCAGACCACACCAGCUACAGACCCUCCCCAGCAGACCACCCCAGCUACGGUUCCUCCCCAGCAGACCACCCCAGCUACGGUCCCUCCCCAACAGACCACCCCAGCUACGGUCCCUCCUAAGCAGACCACCCCAGCUACCGUCCCUCCCCAGCAGACCACACCAGCUACGGUCCCUCCUAAGCAGACCACCCCAGGUAUUGUCCCUCCUAAGCAGACCACCCCAGCUGCGGUUCCUCCCCAGCAGACCACCCCAGCUACGGUCCAUCCCCAACAGACCACCCCAGCUACGGUCCCUCCUAAGCAGACCACCCCAGCUACGGUCCCUCCCCAGCAGACCACCCCAGCUACGGUCCCUCCUAAGCAGACCACCCCAGCUACGGUCCCUCCCCAGCAGACCACCCCAGCUACGGUCCCUCCUAAGCAGACCACCCUAGCUACGGUCCCUCCGAAGCAGACCACCCCAGCUACGGUCCCUCCUAAGCAGACAAACCCCAGCUACGGUCCCUCCCCAGCAGACCACCCCAGCUACGGUCCCUCCUAA